AUGUCUGUUCCGUUCCCACAGCCUCCUGAAUCUGUCUUCACUCUGCCGGUGCUCACAGCUCAGGGCCAACCUCAGAUUUCACAGCCAGGAUCACCUGAAGAGCAGCCAGUGUGGAACCACUGCUUGCUGUUCCUGGGUCGGGACUGUGCCACUGCCUUCACUCCGGGAAAACCUUUGGUACUCAAGUACUAUCCUGCAGCAACAGUAAUGAAUAUCAUGAGCGGGCACCUGAGGAGCCCUGUAGCAUUAUCAGCCCUGAGUCUAAACCAGCAACUCUACAGCAGCCUAAUGUCUGAGAGAGGCCAGAAAGGUGUGAGACUGCAGUGCCUACCUCUACAGCGUCCGGACUCCACCCUGAGCCAGGUGGACUGCAGAUCACUUCCCUGUCUGGAGCUCAUGCUCCAGAAUGAGUUCCUCUCUUCUCUUGUUGAAGGAAAGCUAGAUGUUCCUCGCACAGUGCUGGAGUUGGAGCAGGCAGACAGUGGCGACAACUCAACGCUUAUAGAAAACCACACCCUACACCAGUCCACUGUGAGUCUCCCUCACUUUCCACAGCCCUCUUUCACUCCUCCCCUCUCAGACCACCACACCCUCCUGCAGGCUGCUGAGCUGGAGAACUAUCGUUCCGCCAUGUGUAAAAUGGCAGAGGACAUCCUCGCUCUGCGCACUCAGGUGGCCAGUCUGGAGGAGCAGAACAGUCAACUUCGCAGUGAGCUCUCUAUGAACCAUGAACUGGGGCGCACGCUGCUAGAUGACACUGACAUUGACGUCAUGACCAAGGCUGAGAUUACAGACAGAAUAGUUUCUCUGAAGUGCAAGCUGGCCAGUGAGAGCAGUAAGGCAGCAGAUCAGAGGGAUAAGGUCCAACAGCUUCAGAAUGAGCUCAUCAGGAAGAAUGACAGUGAGAAGGAGCUAGUGCAGUUACAGCGAGCGCACCAACAGCAAAAGGUUGUGCUGCAGCGCUACCAAGGACAGAUCAAGAAACUCUCAAGUCUGGAGGCUACAGUACGCCAACAGGAGAAGGUUAUUGAAAAGAUGGAGAAGGUGCUGACCACAAAGCUGAGAGAGAGAAAUAAAGAAAAUGCAGAGAAGAAGAACAAGACGGUCUUAAAAGAAAAAGAUACUGAGGAGAGCAGAUCGAGAGAGAUUGAGUCUAUACUGGCUGCAGAAAACUCUCGCCUAAGAUCAGAGCUGGAAAGGCUUCGACAACAGCCACAGCCUAUUAUCAUACAACAACCUGCCCAGCCUUUUGCAGACAGUGAGAAGCUCAGACUGUUAGAACAGCUAGAGAGAGCAGAGGCAUGCAUCCGUGUUUUGGGCAAACAGCUGGAGGAGAAUGCCAGGCAGUGGGGGAAAGAAAAGCAGGACAUGUUGACCAGACUCAGUGAAUACACUCAUGGAUUUGCUCGUGCAUCAACCUUGCAUUACGUGCCACUGAAUAAUGUUUCAGACUCCAUUUUGGGACACAUACGUCAUAAGGAGCUGGACACCCUUAAAUGACCUGAUUCAACAUCACUUUAUUUAAAUUGCUGUUUUAUGCAGUAUAAACAAGAAAGAAUAGCAAAACAAUACAUUAGGAGCAACCUUGUCUUAUAAUAAAAUUAAUUCAUGUCCAUACAGUAUCUAUCGUCCAUGUUUUUUAUUCUUGAUGUGUUUCCAGUAUUAGAAAUAGUUUGUAGUAAUGAAUUAAAA